AUGUGAAUUAAUGUGAAGUGAAAUCUACAAAUUUAUGUUUAAGUUAUUUAAAAAUAAAGUUAUAUGGGAAGGAAUCAAUAACCGUCUGUUUUUUUGUGUAAUUUAAAGUAUAAACAAUUGCUGAAAGUGUCAGUGAAUUCUCGUGGAAAGAUCGUGUUGACUCCUUGUGGUGAUGUAUAAAAGAUAGUUUGACAUCAUGCCGCCAAAAACUAGAGGAAGCAAAACAACAAAAGUUUUAAAAGAAAAUGUUGGAUUAACAAGCAAAUCGAAAGUAAAAGUUAAAAAUGACGUUAAAAAAGCUCCAAGAAAGGCACUAGCGGAUAAAACAAAUUCUGCAUCCGAUGAUAAUGCGACAUUUUCAACCAAGAAAUCGUCACCAAACACAAAUAAUGACGUCCACCCCCAGGCAAGUAAAGAUGAGAAUCCUAAGCAACGUCGUGUAAGACGAGUUCCCAAUCGGUUUGUUGGAAAUCCUAUAUUAACAAAUUUAAGUAAUAGUAGUAAUGAAUUAUCAAGUACUCAUAUUACAACUCCAACUAAACCAGUUAAGUCAGCACCGACGAAAAAAGUUCCAAUUGUAAAGCUGUCGCCCCUUAAAAACAAAUCCCCUCUAAACAACAGUAUAAUAAAAUCUCGCCCUAAGCGAAUUUGUCGAUUACCAUCAAAAUUAGAAGGUCAUUCAAUAAGUCCUAAUAAAUAUAUACCUCUGCAACCUGUACAUGCUAGCACACCCAUAGCAAAUAAAGUUGUUAAGUCUGUUCCAAGUAAAGCAUCACAUAAUGAUACAAGUAUCAAGAUAUCACCUGUUUCAACUGCUGCAAAAAAAGUGGCUCAGAAAAAUAAGAGCAAAGCAAAACCUGGGGCAGAUACAAAUAAUAAUGGCAAGAAACAAAUGCAGAUUGAUCAAUGUUUUGAAAAGCAGCAGCAAUCUGCCAAGAACAAGAAUAAAUCAAGAAAAAUUGUGAAUGCUAAUUCAUCAUUUAGAGUAUUUGAUGAUAUAAAGAAAUCUCUCAAAAGGGAUUCAAGCAAACUUGAUCCCUAUGAGUUUACAUUUGAUCCAGAUGAGGAACCUCCACCCCAGAAGAAAAAGAAAAAGAGGGUUGCUAAAAAGCCACAGACAAAGCCUAAGGCAGCAGUGAAGGGUGUUUAUGAGAAAAAUUUGGCAAAAGCAUUGGCUUCUUUAAAGAACGCUGUUAAAGUAACUCAAGCUAACGUAGAAGGCCAUGUUAUUAAAGAGUUACCAAAUAUCAAAGAAAAAGAAACUCCAAAAGCUUUGGAAAAUGUCAAUGCUGCACUUGUUAACACCGAAACAUUGCCACAGGGAAACCCGGAAAUAUCUAAAGUUAAUAUAAAUAAAAGUGUUCCCUGUGAAAAUAAUUACAAUUCAGUCAGAGUCGAAGAUAUUGCACAGGAUCUGCAAGAUCUUGAUGAAGGUCAUAAUAUUGACUACUCACCUGUAAAUUCACCAUGUCGAGACAUCCCUCAAAUAGUUGUAAAUGAUGCAAGUCAUCAUGACAUACCAGCUAAUACUAAAGACCCAUUGAAUUUACAAGAAGACCUAAGUUUCUUUGACGAUCAGCCCGUAGCAAGCAGUAGUAUGAAUAUGUCCACAAGGCAUCCAUUGGCUAGUCCAUGGAGAGUUGAAUUUGGUAGCUUACCUAUAAAAUGGCAAGCAAAUACAUAUGUUAAGCCUAACAUGACACCAGCUGUUGAAAGCUCAUUCAUAAAUGCAAGUGACACAAAGAAAAAACAUGUCUAUACCAAUCUCGUACCUGAUUGUAAUGAAUCUUUGCCCCAAAUCAUUGAACAGCCAAGUAUGAAACAGACAAGCAUAAUUUCCUUUAUAAGAGAAGUAGCUGAAAGGAGUGCAAAUAAAAAGAAGAAAAAAUCUACACCAGUCAAGGCAAAUUCAUUGUUUGAAGAUAUAACUCAUGCAUCAGUGAAUAUAACUCCUACAAAGAGUUGUUCUUCGAAAGAGAAUUCUAAAAGUGAUCUAAGCGCUGCAUCCCCUGGGUCAGAGAAUCCAGUUGAAAUGGAUGUUGAUCAAGAGAAUAAUGAAAAUUCAAUCUUGACAACUCCAAAUGAAAAAGACAAAACACCCAAAAAACGUAACACAUUCUUUGGUUUUGAUGAAAGCGAGGAGCAGGAAAAUAUUUCUCCGCUUAAAAAAGAUAAAAGGGUAAAAGCUUUACGACCAAGGGCUCGAGCAGUCCUGCAGGAGAUUAAUGAUAUGAAGGGACCAUCUAGAGCUGCUAUACCACAUGCUGUAAGAUCUGUGCUUAAUUCUGAUAAUUUAAACAAGAACUAUGAAGACCCUAAAUCUGGGACAGAGCCACCAGUGUUCCCAGACAAAGAUGCUGCACAAACUAAUGUAGAAACAGUUAUAAAUCCUGUAAGCACUUUGGAAAAUGAAGAUUCUCAAUCUGUGCAUCUGUUUGAAGAUAUGGAUCUGAUACAUCACUAUCACAAGCCUCCACGCAAAAGUUACGGCAAAGCAAAGAAAGUUACGUUCCGACAGAAUUCUGCCUCCGAUAGUGACGCAGCUCCAAGUGAAAUUGGUGAUAGAGAGUCUUCCAGCGAUGAAGACCAUUUAGAAGACCUGUCGUUCAAAUUACCAGCUGUGAAACGUAAGAGGACUGUUAAGAAAAAGUUGACGAAGAAACAACAGUUGACUAAAAAGGAGGAGAAAGAAGCAGAGACCUGGGCAGCGGGUUUCAAUUCAAUGUGCGAAGACAUCGAGGAGUUUGAUCUGGUUGUGGAAUAGUUUUCUAUUGUAAUGAUGUAACAUAUUAUCUUAGAGAAGUAAGAACAAAUAGAUAUGUCAAUUAAGCAUGACACUAAAUUAUGAUUAAUAUCUACUUACUCAAUAGAAAUAUUUUAAGUUUUAGUUUUGGUUAGGUAAGGAAAAUUAUAAGAUUUUUGAAGUUAUACUAAAUUAUUACAAUUUCAAUAAAUGUUCAAUAAUCACAAUUGUAACUUAUCAUGAUUAGAUUUUUAGUGGGACCACUAUUAAUAUUAUUUUUUUAUUCGAAUUUCAGUAAGUAGGGCAUAAAAAUUAUGUGAAAUUGAUGACAUUAUCAGGUUGACAAUUUUAUACUAAUUAUGUUUUAAAACAUUGAUAAUAAAAAUGAUAUAAUAAUUGCAUGUUUGAAGUCAAAAAAUAUAUUUUAAAAUAUUAAACUGCAAUUUUUGCAUUAUACAUACAACUGAUAGCACUAAUAUAAAUACAAAUUAUGGUUAAUUUUAAUUAUUGUGACUUAAUAUUUAUUUACUGUGACUUAUUUUAUUUCAAAAUUGUGGAUUUCAAUCGCCAUUUACAAUUUGCCAUUUAGCUGUAGAAUUAUUUAUAUUAUGUAGGUUUAAAGUGAUUAAGCAUAUUUUAUUAUAUCAGGACUUUUUGACAAAGUCUUCUGAUUUUAUGAUAAACACAAAUAAAUGACUGUAUUCAACACAUUCCUAUCUAGCAACUUGUACGAUUCCCAGUAUCGAUUUUAAUAGCUUUUGUAUCCAUAAAAAAACGAAAGGAAAAUAAUUACAUUAUUUUAUUUUAUAUAAUAAUUUCUAAACUAUUCUAUCUACAGCUCUAUAGCUAUAUACUGUUCUAGUAACCUAUAACACCUCAACGUGUUAUAAUUUUAUGUAAAUAAUAUAUAGGUAAUAUUUUAUUGAUUCGAAUGAUUUAAUUCUCAUUAAAAAGGACAUUAUUUUGCUUUAAGUUAUAAUAUCUUUUUGUGUAAACGGAAUGCAUAUUUGUCUUAUUUUAAUAAAUUUUAUAGAAAAUAA